AUGCACCACCAGCUUAUCAAAUAUCCAAUUUACAAUUCGAUGGCGGUCGGAACAACGUCACGCGUAAAGCAUAAUCUGAAGGAAGACAAGUCAGGGCAGGGGGAUCUUGUGCGUGGUCACGACGAGAUUGGCAAAGUUGAAGCAUCCUCUAGUUGUAGUACCGUUGGUGGAGCUGAGGGCGAUAAGCAGAAGCUUGGAUCGCAUCAUAGUCAUGAUUCAUGUAAGAUAUGUGGGUCAUUAGCGGACAAAUGUUCGUGCAAGGAUUGCGAGUGUCAAGUCUGUGCAAGCAAGAGUGGAGCUGCCACGAAAAUUGAGCCUCCGAUAAAAUCAGCUACGUCAUCAACAAAUGUAUGUGGUAGUGCAUGCAUUGCCGCUGCGAAACGUGUUGCAAGCGGAAAAUGCCCUGGAUGUGAGUGUCCUGGCGGGAAUUGUUCAUGCACGAAAUGCGGCUAUCGUGCAUAUGAUUCUUCUGGGAAGCGCGUAACUACACCCAAAUGCCCUGCAUGUGACUGUCCGUCGAGUAAUUGCCCUUGCACAGGUUGCAAGUGUCCAGUAUGCAAGUUCGAGUAA